CCCGGGGCUCGCCCGGAGUCCUUGCGGCCGCCUGCGGGCGUCUCGUAGCGCAGUAGGUGCUGCACUGUGAUGACCACCACAGCUGAUAACUUUGCUAACUAUGAAGAGGGGCAGGUGGAACUGGGCCAGAGUUACAGUAGCUCUGUUCUGGACUAUUCGGAAGAAACAUUUGAGCCAUUCAGCGAGGAGGAAGAAGCCUGCUUGCAAUAUGAGAGUGAGCCAACUGAGUCUUAUUGUUCCACAGAGGAUUUAGAGAGGUCUGCUGUAUCAGAUGUGCUGGAAAGGAUAUCACAGCUGGCAGGCCAACAUCAUGCAGAGGAGCAGUCUGAAAUAGCAGAAUCUGCAACUAUAGAAAGAGAUUUCUUGGGGAAGUGGAUUGAUCUUCUGAAAAAUAAAGAAGCUGGCAUUAAGCAAGACAAAUCUGUCAUCAAAACUCAGGCUGGAAUUGAAAAAGCAUCCUGCCCUGUUUGGAGAAGGGAGCAGUUACCCAAAGUUACUGAGGUACCAGAUGGAGACCUGGAUGCUCUCUGCUCUUUUUGCACCGUUAGGAUAAGCAAGAUGCAUCACCAGCUGAUCACUAAGCAGUCAAAUGGUGACAAGCCAAGAAAGCUGCAGCAUGGAUUCACACCAAAGAAAUCAGAGACAAGUGACCUGAACUGCACUGUUCCUCUUCAGCUAAUGAAUAGAAUCCACUUGGAAAAUAUCAGGGUGACAGUGCAACAGGUGACAGAAGCUGUAGUGCACAAAUCUUCACUAUGCCCUGACUGUACGAAGAAAAAGGCAGAGCUAGCCAGGAUUACCUUUCUCAGACAAAAGAAGACUCUAGUGGAAAGAGCUUUACUUCAGGAAAAAUUGGAAGAACAGAUUUACUCCAAAAAUGUGCUUACACUUAUAGGAGAAAUGCUCAGAAGCUUUCCCAAACUUUCAGAGGAUCCCAGGAACUUAUGGCAGAGGCUGAAAGAGAAAGGUCAGAAAAUGAGCUUCCCCCUCCUCUGUCUUCCCCGGUGGUAGAUUUUAGUCUUGAUCCAAAGAAGCACUGUAAAACUAUGAUCAAGAAAUAUUUAUUAAUCUGCUCCCUUGUUUGUGCUUGCUGGGGAUAAAAGGAGCAAGGUGGAUCAAGGGUGAUUCGUAUGGUAAGCAGCUGUAGUACUGAACCAAAUUAAUCCACCUGUUGUUAAAAGUACUUUGGAGCUUUUGCUUUCUAGCUUUCAUGCUACACAUAGUCACUGUUUAAUCUUCUGAAUGAUUUGUGAUGUACUAGAGUUUAUUGCUCUGAGCUCUGCACAAAUGCAGAAGGGUUUUUCAUAUAUACAUUGCUUAAAUUAUGUGUAUACUGAUAACAGGUUUUGUGAUGUUGUAUUUUAUUACUGACCCUUUGGAGAAAAUUAUAUUCCUCAAAUUAGCGUGAAAACCAGUUUCCUGGGCACUGCGGCAGUAUAAUUUCCGCUUUCAUUUGCCCUGACCUUCUCUAUGGAAGAAGUUUACCUGGCUCCCAGAUUCGAUCACGCCUUAGUCUUGUUUCUAACCAUCUAUUGUGACACUGGAAUUUGCGUUUCUUUCUUCCCUAGGAUACACUUCCAUCUUGUUCAGGGAAUAGGUUACUAGCAUGUGUUUGAAUGAGAACGAUGCGUUAUUACACUUAACUUGCACCACAGCCAAUUUGAUCUGCUUCCAGGUGGUGGAGCAGAACCCACUUGUUCAUCCUAGGAUCUUGACAAAAGCUUUGGACUGGUGGCACUGAGGACAAAGUUUCCCUGCUGGAAGAAGGGAUGGUGCCCCCCUGUGAAACUGUUAUCUGACACAGUGCCCAGAUUCUUCAGUGCAAAUCUGAACUGUUGAUUUCAGUGCAAUUAUUCUGAAUUAUAUAUGGAGGUAUCGACAAUACUGGAAUGCUUCUAGCUAUGUAUUUUUUAAAGCAUUUUGAAAUAUACUUGCAUUCUUCAAGUUAUAACUUUAUUACUAUUCAGUAUGAUUUUCAAAGAUGACUUUUUAUUGUCUCCACUCAAUAAAAACUAACCUAGACUCUAUACUAUGUGCAAAUUGUUACUGCAUGCAACAGAAGUGCCACUGUGUUUU